CCUCUCAUCUUGCGAGACAACAAUCACAUCUAUGUCCUGACGUAAGCACCCACCGUAGUUUACAUCAGCCCAGUGAUCCCAGUGAUGCGCAGCCUGUGUGGACUGGUGAUGUGCGCGAGGAGGUGUGGGCUGGGAGUUGCGCACGCGGCUGAUGAUCGGAUCGGCGUGUGAUUGGUCGGCGGGGAGGUUUCCUGACAGCGUUCAAAGAGUUUAAGGUGCUGCAAGCAGAGCACAAUGUGGUCAGAACCGACGUGAACCGAACUGAGCGGACCACAGUAUCUUUAACAGAACCACAUAAGGGAAGAGGAACGACGAAAACGAGAGCCAGAGAGAUGACUCUACCGACUGUGCGACAACUUUUCCUUCUGUGUUUGUUGGGGAUUUUUGGAUGUUUGAGCACAACAGAUGCCAGCGUUUUUGGACAGAGGAGGGAUGACACUGCACUACGAACGGUGCGAGGCAUCCAGAGCAAUGAUAUGAGUAAUGUGUUGUGGAAAGACCAGAAUGAGGAGCAGGUCCAGAAUGUUUUCAAAAGAUUCCUGUUUCAUUACUCCAAAGCGCUCAACUCUGUUGGAGCUGUUAAAGAGUCUCACUCAGUGCACCCUUUGAUGCGACUUUUGCCUAAACUAUCCCAGAGGAGAAAGAAGAAAGUGCUACUUCUGAAAAUCCGAGACCUGCCGGAGGGGACGUUGUAAAAGAAGAAUCUGAGAAAUGGAGGAAAUGUAACACAAUGGGCAGGAGGAGCAGCUGGCAGGUCCGGCCUGGAUGAAGAGCCUACUGAUACCGAGCGACACGCGGCAUCUCUGGCUCGCGUCUCCAGACAGAAGAUUUUUUUGUCUCAACAGAAAACAAAUUGCUUAUGAAGUAAAAAAAAAAAACAACUGAGCUACGAUGACGGAUACAUGUCUUAAUGUUUCCAAAUGUUGAUAACUAUUACUUAAUGUUAACAAGCUGCUCUCUGAAACAAGAUAUAAACACUUUAAGUUAUUAUCAGCAGUGACUUUUUUAUUUCAAAUAGGAAUUUUGAAAACUAACGUGGCAAAGAGGUACACUCACAUUUAAUUAAAGGGGAAUUAAAUGCAUAUGUACAUUUUGUGACAUAAUUAUCAUGUAAUAAAAAAAUUGUUAAACUUUGUCUCUCACGGUUCUGUAAGGUUGUAGCUGUUGUUCCAUUUUUCCACUUAAACAGGUUUACCCUGGGGUUAAUUCUCUCCUGCAGAGUGGCCUGCCCAUGUGCCUUUGAGCAGGACUGAGCUCUGUACAUAAAAAAAGGGAUUGUAUUUGAGAUUGACACAUUUUUACAUACAAGGAGGUCUCCUCUCUCUCGCUGCUCAGGUCUUUAAUAAGUGUUUCCAUGUAAAGGCCUCGUCCUCUGAUAGGAGUGGUUUUGUUUUGCUGUUUCUUCAAUUGUCCUCAUCCUCAGAGUCGCUGUCUUUUCGUGUAGGAAGCGAACUUCUGAUUGACGA